AUUUACUUCUUCUAGACUCUUCUCUUUCUCUUCUCACUCUAAGGGGGUGCCCUGAGAUCACAUUGAGCAAUGGUGAAGGCUGUGGCAGUUCUUGGCAACAGUACUGAGGGUGUCAAUGGAAAAAUUUUCUUCACUCAGGAGGGAAAUGGCCUAACCACUGUAACUGGAUUUGUUACUGGUCUUUCGCCCGGUUUUCAUGGCUUCCAUAUACACGCCUUGGGGGACACUACCAAUGGUUGUCUGUCAACUGGAGAACAUUUCGAUCCUAUUGGCAAGGUGCAUGGUGGCCCUACGGAUGUCAAUCGCCAUGCUGGUGAUCUAGGGAAUCUCGAUGUCGCUGGUGAUGGAAAAGUCAGCUUCUCUAUUACUGUCAGUCAGGUAUGUUAUUCAUCUCCUAAUCAAUAUGUCUGA